AUGGAAUCAUCAGGAAAUGAUGACAAUGAUAACAGGCCACGAGAAAAUGUCUCUGCAUCUUCCCAGACUCCUGUCCAAAGGUACAUACAAAAGACCCUAUCAGUAGUCCUGGACGAGCUUUCCUCCUCGGACGGCCGACCCUCCAUUACACUGAAGCAAAGAAACAGAAAGCCUGCAUUUCUGUUCGUCAAUCCGCAAACAAUGGCCCUCGAGACCAGAGAGACGCAGAUGCAUACCACUUACACCUGGCCUGGCAGUGAUGCCAACGAAGCCUGGAGAUUUACUGUCGCAUUUCGAGUUCUCACAGCCAUUGCAGAAGCAGUUCAAGCGGGUUUGGUAGUUUCUAAGAGAGACAUAUACUACAGUGACCCUCCUUGUUUCGGCUCUCAGAAAGUCGUCGACGCACUUGUUGAUGACUUUGCGCACACAAUGGAGGUGGAUAGGGCUGCUUUAUAUGUGGAAGCAGCGGCAAAAGGGCUCGUCGGGGGAUAUUACCAGCUAAGCAUGAGAAACCACGAAGUAUUGGAUGCACGGUUCUCGAACCAGGAUGCAUUGAUACCAAGGGUGCAAGAUAUCAAUAAGAUUGACAUCACAGCCGUCGACUGGGUAUUGAUUCUAGAAAAGGAGGCUGUAUACCGCCGACUCGCAAGCAGCAACUACCACAUCAUCUCUGCAGCGGGCAAGGGUAUCCUAGUAACAGGCAAAGGGUAUCCCGAUCUAAAUACCCGAGCCUUCAUCCGUAAACUCUUCGACUGUCGCAACCAAUCAACCCAAAGACCGCGUUUUUAUGCUCUAGUUGACAGUGACCCCGACGGCAUGGCCAUCAUGGCCACCUACAAAUACGGCUCCGUGGCCUUUGCGCACGAGAACCGAAACCUGAAUAUUCCCGGCCUACACUGGCUAGGACUCCGAACAUCGGAUGUCAUUUCCGGGGCUGAUCCGCAUGGCGAUGAUGCGCUGAUCCAUCUUACAGAAAGAGACCGGAAGAAAGCCAUCGCCAUGCUGGGUAAGAACCCCAUCUGGGCGGCCGAUGGACCGGAGCCGGAAUGGCGGGCCGAGCUGCAGCAAAUGCUCAUGCUGAAUGUCAAAGCCGAGACGGAGAUUCUAUACGACAGGGAUGGGGGGCUAGUUGGAUGGCUUGACCAGAGGUUGGUAUCCCAGUGA